GGUCACGAGCCCGUCAGUUCCCGCAGCUUCUCACGCCAGCAGCGAGGAAAGUCGCUUUAUUUCCAGGAUGGAAAUUCCAACUGUGCUUUUAUUGCUGGCAAUCCAGAACAGUCUCAUCAGUGGACAGGGGGACAAUGAGGUCCUCAGUCCUACGGAUACACAGGCCAGGUACCAGAAUCAGAUUGAGAACACCAGGUUUCUGGAUAUCAACAUCAGACAGAACAUUUCUACCACAGACCUGACCUCCAGCCCAACUACCAGCCUAGUUAACGAUCUAGUGCCUGUGAAGGAUCUCAACAUUUCCUGUGCUGUAGGAUACACUCAGAAAGGGGCUGGAGAGUGUGAGGAUAUUAAUGAGUGUGAGCAGAGUGACGAAGGACCCUGUGGCUACCACAGCAAUUGUACCAACGUCCCAGGUUCCUUCAUGUGUAGCUGCUUUCGUGGUUAUCUGAUGAGUUCUGGUGGUUGUCAGGAUAUAGAUGAGUGUGCAUUAGCUGCAGUAACUGGUCUACAGGCGUGUGGGCGAGGGGCAGUGUGUAAGAACAGCCCUGGUUCCUUCCACUGCUACUGUCCUACUGGAUUUGUCUUUGGACUUGAUGGACACAACUGUGUUGAUGUUGACGAGUGUACUUUUGAAGAGAGCUGCAGAAGGGAGCUCGGGAAUAUCUGCGUGAACACAGAGGGAAGCUACAAAUGUGUGUGUCAGCUUGGCUUCAGAGAAGACAAGGCAGCCUGUAUAGAUGUUGAUGAGUGUGUUGAGCUGGAAGGUGUGUGUACUAAUCAAGGGGAAUGUGAGAAUACAUUUGGGAGCUACAAGUGUGUAUGUUCACAUGGAUACCGUGGCAAUGGGACUCACUGCACAGACCUGAAUGAGUGUGUCUCAGGGCUUCAUAACUGCAAUGUGAAUGCUCGCUGUGGAAAUGUGAUGGGCUCAUACUUCUGCCAGUGCCAUCAGGGCUACAGUGGAGAUGGUCAUUCCUGUUACGAUGUAGACGAAUGUGCUAUCAGCAACGGCCCUUGUGAGCAUAACUGUGCCAACUUGCCAGGAGGGUACAGUUGCCUAUGCAAUGCAGGAUACACACUGGCAGAUGAUCUACACAACUGUACAGAGGUAGAUGAGUGUGGGAGUGGCAAUGCGACAUGUGAGCAACUUUGCACCAACACACCAGGCUCCUUCCUCUGCUCCUGUUAUGCAGGAUAUCAGCUGCACAUUGAUAAGCAAAGCUGUGUUGAUAUAGAUGAAUGCAAACUGCACAAUGGUGGCUGUUCUCACAUCUGCACAAACACCCCAGGAGGUCAUGUGUGCCACUGCCCUCCUCUACUUGUGCUGGACCACCACAACUCCACCUGCACCAACAUCACUUCAUGUGCCAUGCGGAAUGGCGGCUGUGAUCAGUUAUGCUCUCUGGGAGCUGAGGGACAUGUGAAGUGUAGCUGCAGAGAGGGUUGGGAGCUGGCCACUGACCAAAGAACAUGUCUUGACAUGGAUGAGUGUAUGAUGUUUAAUGGGGGUUGUGAACAAGUGUGUUUGAAUCAGGCAGGCAGUUUUAACUGUACCUGCAAGCCUGGGUUCGAACCUCGUACAGAUGAUCUCACCAAAUGCCAACCGGUGUGUGAACCUACAUGUCAGAAUUACGGCGUAUGUGUCACACCCAACACCUGUGACUGCCCUGUUGGCUACCCAGGUCCUGGCUGCUCAGCCAUGUGCUCACCACCCUGUGCUCAUGGCGGGACUUGUAUGCGCUGGAACACUUGUCUGUGUCGUCCUGGCUGGACUGGAGAGGGUUGCCAUACAGCUGUAUGUGAGCUGCCAUGUGGGAACGGUGGUCGCUGUGUAGCUCCUAACGUCUGCCAGUGUCCUUCUGAUUAUACUGGCCUGCAGUGUCUCACUCCUCUGUGUACUCCUCCUUGUCUGAAUGGUGGGAGGUGUGUGGAUGUCAACACCUGUAGCUGUGCAGGAGCCUGGCAGGGAGCUCGCUGUCAGAUAGAACCAGUGCUAUGUGUGAAGCCCUGUAACAAUGGUGGAGAAUGUGUGGGACUCAACAGGUGUCGAUGCUCCAUUGGCUUUACAGGAGAUCUCUGUGAAACAGCUGUGACUAUGCCCUGUGUGCCACCCUGCCAGCACGGUGGCACCUGCAGCCCUCAUAAUACUUGCACCUGCCCAACAGGGACCAGUGGCCUGCGGUGUGAGAAGCUGACUUGUCCAGUGGUGACCACAAUAGUCAGCAUGGCUCGAGCAGUGCGCAAAGGUUUUAAAGAAAGUUAUGUAGAUCGCUGUGGACCUCUAGGGGUCCUGCUCUGCACCAAGUACAGGAUAAAUCAAGCACGUGUGUAUCUCCAAGCAUACAGAGUGGGAUACAAGAUCCAGUGUCCGAGUAAAACAGGAAUAUGACCCACACAAUCCAAACUACACAUAGCCCCAUCAACUUACACACAAAUACACAUUUGAUCUACUGCAUUACAUUCCUACACUUUUACUAUAGAUGCAAACAUAUCUUCAGCGCAUGUUUGGGCUAAGGAUUACUUUUUUGGACAAACUUUCAAACAGUGAGUGUAUGUACAUUCAUCAGAUGUAGACAAACUAAGUCACAAAGACCCUCAUAAGUUGGGCAGCUUUUAGACUUUAGAACUGCUGUCCUUCUGGCAUUACGUUAAAUAAGUUAUAAGCAAGGGCUCAACAAUUAGACUUGACACAAGGCCAAAUUAUCACAGAUAAUACUUUUUGGUGUCAAAGGGAUACCAGCAUUCAUUUGGAGAUUAUGUACUGUAAAUCAACUGAGUUUUUUUUAAUUUAAAAAAUACGAUCCGCGUUUUAUAUGCUCUGCCUUCGGUAUAACAAAGGUCAUGUAUGCACUACAUGUACAGAAAAACAAAGCUGAGUAUAAUGUGUGUAGAGUUGUACUUUUGCCAUUCUUGCUCCUCACUGUGUUCCUCCCCCCCCGGGAGUUCAGGUUAACAGCAGUCACUGUAAGCACAUACACAAACAUCUGCAGCAUGAGUGUGCAUCAGAUGUGUGUUGUUCUAUUUCACCCCUUCUACCUGGCAAAGCUGGUGUCUAACCUGGAUAUGCAUGUCAUUAGUACCCCUUUUCCACCAAGAGAACAGGUUCCUAUUCUGAUUUGCGCAUCAAUUUUUAACUGUUCAGGGCAUCUCAACCUUUUUUUUUUUUUUUCAUUUUAAUGACUUUUUUCCAGUUAUUAGAUGGAGAGUUUCUCUGUCUUAUUCAUAGUUGGUCCAUGUUUAUUUUUUGGAUUGAAAAAUACAUGCAAUAACAGAACAAAAGCUUGCAGAUAAUAAAUAUGAUCUACCAUCUUGCUAUUAUAGAUGACUUGCAAAAUGUGCUACGUCAUGAGCAUCCGCCAUGAUGGUGGAUAUACAAAGCAACUAGGAUGGCAGCCGCUGAAAGCGUGUCUGUAAACAAUGCUGAAUUUUCUCAGUAUUACGACGAUUUGAACGGUCGAGCAAAGAUAGAUAUGUGUGGUUUUGACCCAUAUUAUUUUAAAAAGUCAGACUUUUCUGAAGAUAAGACGCUUCUACCGACCAUCAAGUACGAAUAUAGGUAAUUUCGUCUAAUGACCAUUUCGUCCAAUAGUUAAGACAUUUUGUCCAAAGCUUUUUUCAUAUGCACUAUCAAUUAUCAAUGAGUUUAACUCCCUUGUCAUUGCAGGCUGCUCGCUUGCAUGUCUUUGUUUCCGGCUGGAUCAUAUUAAAUCUUUAAGCACGGAGCAGCGCUCUUGCGGAGGCUUCGUUUGCAAAUCCCGAGCCGAGGCACGGUCCUGCUGACCCGAGGCCAUGCUCUUUCGAAGGGGGAGGCUUAGAGGGAGCCUGUAAAAUUUGGCUUCGCUGUGAGCUCUGUUGGCCGAGUUAUUAAUUUUUAAAGCCGGCUGGAUCAGGUUAAAUCUUUAGGCGCCAAGCAGCGCUCUCGCAGGGCUUUUGUUCGUGAACACUGGAAUACCUGAAAUAUAAAAUAAUUGAUAGUGCAUAUGAAAAAGGCUUUGGACGAAAUGUCUUAACUAUCGGAUGAAAUAGUCAUUGGACGAAGUGUCCUGAUCCCCUCGUCUCCUCUCCAUACUAAGCCUCAGAGUUUCCUUGCCCUGUUUCCGAAUCACGGAUGGAAUUCUAAAAAAUCGGAACAUGCCACGGUCACGAGUACUGUUGUGACCACAACCAUAUACAGCACAAAGAUGUGGCAUAGCUAAAAGAACGAUUAAAGCAGUGGAAAAACAAAGAGAGUUGCGCACGUGUGACUAUGUUUUGUAUGGAGUGUCGCUUGACCCCGCAUUUGUAUCUCCACCAACAUGGCUGACAUCUGGGUUUCUAUUUUGCUUUGAUGUCACUUGCAAGUCAAGGAUUGUUUACUUCCCUGUGCAACAUCCUCUGUUGAUAAUGCAUCCUUGAUUACAAUGGUUCUGCUCAAAACAGGUGGAAACAUGGGCUGGUUCAUUAGCUGGCACCAAGGUUCAAAGAAUCCUGAAUGGAACCCUUUCAAGAACCUGUUCCCUGUUGAUUGAAAAGCAGUAUAAGUGACAUUGUAUUUGUUACAAAAACCUUCAUCACUUUUUUUCAUUGUCUCUACUUGCCUAUGCAUGCCAGACUGCAUGUAGAUAUUGGAGCCAACCUGUGUAGCCUUGCGUCUGUGCUUGCGACUAUGGACUCUGUUUUUCUCAGCAUAUUAAUUCAGAAACUACUUGCCUUCCACCCAUGGCUACCUGAAAUCCUGUUAGCUCAGAGCAGCUGCUAUAGCCACACUAGUGGACUGAACUGUGAGUACUCACAGAACUGGAGUAUGUGUUUCUGCCAUUCUCUCUUGCCCUGCAAAUAACCUGGCACAUCGACUCACUGCUCACCUCCUCAGCUCACAGACCCACAGCUCACAAUUCCAGUGACCAAGCUGUAUGCAGCUCAAACUCCCAUGGACUUGUUCUCGAGUCCAAGAACAGCCACACAAGCUGUGUGCCUACUGCUCAGUGACUCCCUGUGCCAAACGCAAAUCCUUAAUUUCUCGGGACCCAACCUGAUCAGACAACUAGCUCCAAAUAUUUGGCAUGAAGCCGAAGAGCCCAAGGAACAUUUCGAAGUGCUCUCAUAGUAUGUGGCUUGACAUAAGACACAGCUUGAUAAUUUUAGGGCUAAAGCCACAUAUGACUCACAGACUUCAGUGCAGCUCUCCUAAUACCUCAGGGACCAAGCCCCCCAUAUCUGCAUCCAAGAGACUCUUCCAUAUGGGGGAUGAACUGGCAGCUGAGCUGGAUCACUCAACUUCAGACUCAAAAGAGUUGACCAAAGCCUUGCUUUUGACAGCCUGGGAGAAUGGAAAACACUCCACCAACUGGUUUAAACAUAGCACCAGUUUUAACUGGCACAGUCCUCACUUCCAGAAGCAUGCCGAACAAACGAUCCUGCCUACUUGUUCUUUGGGUCUGUUGCCAAAGAAGCCUUUGAUAGGAAAAUUCAGGCUUUGGAUUGACAUCAAGUGUCAAUAAAAAGUAGUUCAUCCACACAGCACCAGUAAGUUGCCAUGCUCAACCAAUGAUCCGACGUCCUCUGAAACUUUACAGGCUUUGUCAGAACCAUAGCACAGGGAGAUCUCACACUCAUGUUUCUGGGAUGUCCCCAGUCCACUGUGGAUCCCAUGCAACCCACCAAUGAAUGGCAGGAACUGCAGGCAGGACGAUGCUGUUCAACUUUUUUUUUUGUAAUUCAGAAUAAGGACAGAGGUUUCCUUACAGUCACGUGACCAAGGGAGCAGCAGAUCUGGUAGCAAUUCAGCCAGGCACAGGUGGACCUCUUUGCCAACACAAUGUCAACUCAUUGUCUCUUUAGCACAGGUAAAUAGGUCUCUGGGACAUUGUCCAUUGUGUUUCCACCUCCUUACUGAUUCUGCUCAUGCUAUAAAGAACUCAGUAAUUGAACCAGGGAUGUUAGACACUGCCCCUGGCAGUUAUUAGGGGGUAAAAUCUGGUUAGCCAGUGUUAAUAGAAAUACAGUUCUACAUAUUUUGAAGAGUUUCUGCUGGUAUCAUUUAUUAUUCUUCUGUGUAACAGACACGAUCAUAGGCUGUUUAUGGGUCAAAUAUGCCCCUUUUUUUCUGGUCUUUCCUUUGAAAAAUCCAAAUAGAAAAAUGAAUGACAACCUUUAGUACUUAAUCCCAUUUACUCUUUUACUCAUUGAUGUAUUAUUUUAUAUUAUUUUCCAUUUAUCAUUCAGAAUGGAACUUACCGUUUCAGCCAUGUCUCAUGCCCAAAUGCAGAAAAAAAGGUUGAUUUUAGUUUAUUGUAUGGUUACUGCUUAAUGGUCUUGUUCACACAGCACCAUUCCUUUAAUGUGUUAACUUUAAAGCAAACCUUUCUGCAACAUUGUGGCAUUAAAUAAAUCUGUUACUUAAAGAGUUAUUUUGCUGGAAUAUAGUGUUUAUGUUUAGUUUGUUUUGGUUAAAAUGGU